GCGGGCGCUGCGGCGACCGCGGCUGCUGCUUCCUCGGGCCAUUUUGCUGAGGAGCGAAGGGGAGAAGGAGCCGCCGAGGAGACUCAAGGCGAGGAGCGGCGAGCCGGAGGAGGCGGCGACCGCGCGGGCACGGGCUUUCCUCCAUCGCGGGGAUCUCGAGGGGCGAAGGGAUCGCCUGGGAGGGGGCCCGGAGAGCCGCGCGUGGCGCGCGGCGCGCCCCUUCCCGCCCCCUGCACCAUGAGCUGGGGCACCGAGCUCUGGGAUCAAUUUGACAACUUAGAAAAACACACACAGUGGGGAAUUGAUAUUCUUGAGAAAUACAUCAAAUUUGUAAAGGAAAGGACAGAGAUUGAACUCAGCUAUGCAAAGCAACUCAGGAAUCUUUCGAAGAAAUACCAACCUAAAAAGAACUCGAAGGAGGAAGAAGAAUACAGGUAUACAGCAUGUAAAGCCUUCCUUUCCACCCUGAAUGAGAUGAACGAUUAUGCUGGACAGCAUGAAGUCAUCUCCGAGAAUAUGACCUCCCAGAUCACCGUGGAGUUAGCACGCUACGUCCAGGAAUUGAAGCAGGAGAGGAAAUCGCACUUUCAUGAUGGCCGGAAGGCACAGCAGCACAUAGAGACUUGCUGGAAGCAACUAGAAUCAAGUAAAAGACGUUUUGAGCGGGAUUGCAAAGAGGCUGACCGAGCCCAGCAGUACUUUGAGAAAAUGGAUGCUGACAUAAAUGUUACAAAAGCAGAUGUUGAAAAGGCACGACAGCAAGCUCAAAUGCGUCACCAAAUGGCAGAGGACAGCAAAGCAGAUUACUCAUCAAUUCUUCAGAAAUUCAACCACGAGCAGCAUGAAUAUUACCAUACUCACAUUCCCAAUAUCUUUCAGAAAAUACAAGAGAUGGAGGAGAGGAGGAUAGUGAGAAUUGGAGAAUCAGUGAAGACGUAUGCAGAGCUGGAUCGGCAGGUGAUUCCAAUCAUUGGGAAGUGCUUGGAUGGAAUAGUAAAGGCAGCAGAGUCAAUUGAUCCAAAAAAUGAUUCACAGCUGGCCAUAGAAGCUUAUAAGUCUGGUUUUGAGCCGCCCGGAGACAUUGAAUUUGAGGAUUACACUCAGCCGAUGAAGCGCACUGUGUCAGAUAACAGCCUUUCGAAUUCCAGAGGAGAAGGCAAAUCAGAGCUCAAAUUUGGUGGCAAAUCCAAAGGAAAGUUAUGGCCGUUCAUCAAAAAAAAUAAGCUUAUGUCCCUUUUAACAUCCCCCCAUCAGCCUCCCCCACCACCCCCUGCCUCUGCCUCACCCUCUGCUGUUCCCAACGGCCCCCAGUCUCCCAAGCAGCAAAAGGAACCCCUCUCCCAUCGCUUCAACGAGUUCAUGACCUCCAAACCCAAAAUCCACUGCUUCAGGAGUCUAAAGCGUGGGACUCAGUCUCUCUGUUUUCACAAAGAACUCAUGAAGAGGACGAUAGGGAAACCCACGUAUGCUUUUGAAGCUAGGGAUUAUGUUCUUUCUCUCAAGCUGGGUGCAACUCCAGAAGAUUUCAGCAACCUCCCACCUGAACAGAGAAGGAAAAAGCUACAACAGAAAGUCGAUGAAUUAAAUAAAGAAAUUCAAAAGGAGAUGGAUCAAAGAGAUGCCAUCACAAAAAUGAAAGACGUCUACCUAAAGAAUCCGCAAAUGGGAGACCCCGCCAGUUUGGAUCACAAAUUAGCAGAAGUCAGCCAAAAUAUAGAAAAACUGAGACUGGAGGCCCAGAAAUUUGAGGCCUGGCUGGCCGAGGCUGAAGGCAGACUCCCAGCGCGCAGCGAACAGGCCCGUCGGCAGAGCGGCAUGUACGACGCGCAGAGCCCCCCAGCCGUCAACAGCUGUGCGCAGGAUCGGGAGAGCAGCCCGGAUGGCAGUUACACGGAGGAGCGGAGUCAGGAGAGCGAGGGCAAGGUGCUGGCCGCGGACUUCGAUGAUGAGUUUGACGAUGAGGAGACCCUCCCUGCCAUAGGGACGUGUAAAGCUCUCUACACGUUCGAAGGUCAGAACGAAGGAACUAUUUCAGUAGUUGAAGGAGAAACACUGUACGUUAUAGAGGAAGACAAAGGUGACGGGUGGACCCGCAUCCGGAGGAAUGGAGACGAAGAGGGUUAUGUCCCCACUUCAUACGUCGAAGUCUAUUUGGACAAAAAUGCCAAAGAUUCCUAAGGACGGUUCCGGGAGCCAGAGCCUCGGGAGAGCCUUCCCAGGAGAAACCCUUCGGUCUGCUUGUCUCCACAGGCCUGGGGGCCCCCCAGCGCCUUGGGGCUCUGCUGGUGUGUGGCCCUCGGAACCGGAGCCUGAAGCAACGCCGUACAUCCCCACGUGCAGCUGCUUGCCUUUCUGUUUCUUUUCUUUUUAGAGCAUGUUCCUCGUAGCCUGGUUCCUCCCCUGGCCCGGCCUGGCUGCCUCUGGCGGGGAGGUCCGUCCCUGUCUGGGUCCCCGUCCACCUCGGGGCCACAGAAGGCGGCUUGACGCGUGGUCGCUCCUUCCCGGGCCUCGGCCCUCGGUCCAUCUGGCGCAUCCUGACCCCUCCGAAAUUCACACUGUGCCUUUUCGUGCAAACUUUGCCACUGGUCUCCUGGGGAGACGAACCGAAUCUGAACAAGGAGGGUCAGGCCUGCACCAGGGGGACUGGGCGCCCGAAUGUCACUCACGUGUCCCUGUGUCCUUUACGUUAGAAAAUACUCAUCUUUUCCCAAGUCCAUUGGGUAUUCGGUGGCCUCUUCCUGACUGCGUCCUCGCCUCAUACCAAACAAUGGGCCCUUGAAACUUUUCACAGCCUGAGGGUGUCCAUGGCGGGCCCUGGGGCACGUACACACACGCUCGUACCCACAACGAACACACGUUUUUGUUUGGGGCCCUGUCUGCAGUGGCCUGGAAAAGUCCACGGCGAAAGUCAGAUUCCAGCUCUUGGGCCAGCCCUGCUGUCCCGCCUGUGUCCACCUUUCAUGGGGUCAAGGAAGGCCCCAGCCCACCUUUCUCCCCGUCGGCCACCUGUUAGUGAGAACUGCAGAUCGUGAGCGAGGGUCUCCCCUCUGCAUUAGCUCAUUGCCAAGGGAAGACUCUCCCCUCUCCGUGAAGUCCGAGGUCGCAUCUUAGGAUUCUCGUGCUUUCAUCACCAAAGACCCUGCGCUUCUGGCGGUCCCUCACGUGAUCCUGUGGCUACAGUGUCCACGUUUCACCACCUGCUCUCCAGGCCAAGUGGAAUUAAUCAGGUUUGUUUUUUGAGCUCAAUUUCCUUCCCCUUGCGGAUCUUUGAGGAGGACGUGAGGUCAUGUCCCCUGUGGCCACUCAUGCCUUAGAGCGGCACAGCUUCUCUACUUAUUCGGUGCAGAAACAGCCCAGAGAAAUCGUUG